GUCAACUAUAGGGGGACGUCCGGGAUAUUUAAAAGGAGAAAAUAAAACAUACUCUUUCAGUAUAGUUAAACCGUUUCAUUGUUUUAUGACGUGUUUUUUGUUUUUCAGCGUUAAAUAAUUCAAUUGUAGUCUCUAGUACAGUGAUAAUGUUCGCGAUAAAGCAUGUUGCCGUUUUAGUAAUUGUAUGGCAAAUUGUAGUCACGUAUUCGAUGAUACCAACAAGACACAAAAGACAACUACAGAAUAAAUAUUUGGGAUUAGGUGAUAAUGUGGAGAUUUUACCGGCUGGUGACAAUUCUGGAGUGAGUAGUUCUUACAGCGUUGUCGAAACUUCUAAAUCUCCCAGAAAAGAGUACAAUACGUACAGAUCCGCGACUAGAAAUUACCACCAAGACUCGGAACCGGAAAAUAUAGAAUAUCAAACUGAAAACAGACGUCCGUCUAGAGCUCGAGACGAACAAAAAUCUUUUAGAUUCCCUGAAAAUAGGUUAGCACAAUCAAAAAAAUCCAGUGAAACGUUCAAGUAUGAUGAUGAAUUGGAUACUGUUUUACAAUCAUCACCUCCUCAAAAAAGACCAACUCUGACUCCAGCUAAUCGAAAAAAAUACAAGUCUAAAAAACCAUCAUUUACAGAAUUACAAGAAGAAAAAGUAGACGAAUCUAAAGCAGCUCCUAAAAAUAUUAAAGAAAUAGUUGAAGAACGACCUGCUGAAAGUAAACUCUCUGAAGACUUAAAUAAUGAAGGUAGUCGAAUUAUUGGUCACGGAGCAAGUGGCUAUGGAACUGGAGAAGAUUUUGAGAAAGAUAAACACUAUGAAAAAGAAGCAGGGCAAAAAUUCUUAGAAGGACAUAAAUCAGAAGAAGGAGAAAAGGCAGAAAAAGCUUUUAAAAAUGAAGAAGCUUAUGACAAAGGAGAAAAAGAAGACUUUGGUAGUGACGAAAAACACUCGCAUGUAGCAGAAAAAGCGGGUGAAAAGAAGGGUCAUAUUGACGAAGGUAAACACUAUGGUGAAGCAUACCAAGGCAACCAUGGCGAGAAAGGUAUUUCAGUGACUAAAAAGGGAGGGCAUAAAAAAGGUAAGAAAACGUCUGGUUUCCAUAAAGUACAUCACAAAGAUGAAUAUAAAAAAGAUGAAGUAUUCUAUGACGAAUCUCACGAUGGUGGUGAACAUGAAGAACAUAAGCACGAACAAGAAAAACAUGCUAAAGAAAAGGGAGGCCACGAAAAGAAAGGCCACACUGAUACAGCGUACCAUGAAAGCCACGGAGCUAAAAAAGCGGAAAGCGAUCAUGGUAAAAAAUACGAACAGGCUAAGGGACACAAAUCUGAAGCUGGUGAACAAGCACAUCAUGGACAGCACUCUGAGUAUGCUAAAAAAGGCGGCCACAAAGAAGGUGAAAAGUAUGGCCAUAGCGACGCAGGUGGAGCUAACCAUUACGAAAAAGAAGGAUACUUUUAAAAAUAAAUUAUUACAUUUUACCAUCAAUGGGAUUCUAUGUUAUUUGUUCUAUGGUUUUAAGAAACCUUUUUUUUUAUUAAAAAAAACAUAGAUAUAAUGAUGUUUACUAAUUUCAUCGAGCAAUUGUUAUUUACUACAUAAACUAUUUAAGUUAUUUUCUUAUUUUGACUUUUUAAUUUGAUAAAUAAUUAUUAUGAAACUACCUUAAGUGUGUAUGCUUCAUGUUUUACUUAUAUUUAUACGUUAAAAAUGUCAAAUAUAAUUUUAAAACUGUUUAUUAUUAAUAAAUCUAAGUGCCAGUUGGUCUGUUCAAAUUAAGUUGUGAAUGCAUUCAUAAUGAUCAUAACUAUGUAAGUAAGAAUAUAAAAAUUAACAUUAUCAGUGACACAUUUUAAAAUUUCAUAUCUCAGGCUAAUAUGGUCUUCAAGAGAUGAAACUAUUCAUUAAUGACUUCAAAAUACUUGCGUCUGUUAAAAUAAAUCUGUAAAAUAUAAAAAAUAUGUAUUAUAAAAAUCAUUAGAGCUUCAAAAAAUUAUUUUCAUUUUCGAUGACAAUGUAAAAUUUUUUAUUAUGAUUUAUCUUCGCAACCGCGAGA